UGGACUGCUCAGGGUGCCAGACCUCAUCCGUUCCAAAAUAUGCCUGGUGCUAUCUGCCCAGCAGCACCCAAACCACCACUUAGUACCGUGAGACCAGCUUCUUCACAAACUCCACGAGUCGUGUCAACACAACGUGUUGCUGAUACAUCAACACAAACAAUGGGUCCACACCCUGCAGCAGCCACCACUGCAGCUGCUCCUGCUGUACGCACAGUGCCACCACACAAAUACGCUGAAGAUGUUCAUAAUCCUCAGCAGCAUCUCAGUACACAGCCUGCUGUCCAUGUACCAAGUCAGGAACCCUUGGCUGCUUCUAUGUUGGCUCCUGCCCCUCCACAAGAACAAAAGCAGAUAUUAGGUGAACGUCUGUUUCCUCUCAUUCAAAGCAUGCACCCUAAUCUGGCAGGUAAGAUCACUGGUAUGCUGUUGGAGAUUGACAACUCUGAACUCCUCCACUUGCUCGAGUCUCCUGAGUCUCUUCGUUCGAAGGUUGAUGAAGCUGUAGCCAUACUACAAGUCCACCAAGCUAAAGAGGCUGCUCAAAAGGCAGUUAAUAAUCCCACUGGGGUUCCAAGUGUUUAAUGAAAAGAUCCAGGACCACAAUCUAGAACUUUGCUUCACCGAAGGAAAAAAAUCUAAACAUGGGAAAACUAUUAAAUAUUGAGAAAAACAGUGCAAAAUAUAAAACAAAGUAAAAAAGGAAAGGAAACUUUGAAGCUUAUGUACAGAGCAAUGCCGAGGAUAGCAAAACAUAUGCCAGUCCUAGAUUACAUAUUGAUUUAAAAUUAAAAAAAAUAGUACAAUAAAAAAUACAAAUUAAUGUUUUAUAAAGCCGGGGGAAAAGAAUUUUCAGCAGAGCACAAAAGUUUAAAGCAUUCCUUUCUUUAAUUUUGUAAUUCUUUACUGUGGAAAAGCUCAAAAUAUCUCCACUGUUUUAGUUGACAGUGAGAAUUGAUAGCUGAGCAAAGAAACAUAAAUUGGAUUAUAAAAUUCUUGGUUUAAUAAAAAUUCCUA